CGGGGGUUGGACCCGGGGAUCCCUGUGGUUCCCUACCAGCUCGGGAUGUUCUGUGGUUCUUGGAGGUGCCGUGCUGCUGGUGUCCGUUACUGCCUGCCCUCUGCUGUGUCUCCGCUAGGUGGGCCCCGAGUCCUUGCUGCUCUGCAGGAGGCAGUAGCAGAAGUUGAGCUCUAGCUUCCACAAAGGAAUGGGGGAAGAACGAGGACUAAAUGAGAUGAGAGAUCCUCCCGGUGCCCACCAGAGCCAGCUCCACAGCGGGUUAAGUGAACCGUGCAAAGUGAAGGCAAGGAAACUUUGGGCAGCGCCAUGCAGUGGGCAGAUCAGCUCGCUGUGGUGCGGGGUGUUGGCUGGGAUGUGUCUGUGUUGGACCAUAACGUUUCAGGAGGAUGGGAGUGCGGUUAGUGUGACUGUUGAGUGCUCCAGCAAAACCGCUUUCUUGUGCCCUGGUUUCCCCUGCUGCAGAGAGGUGCUGACAGCCCACCUCUGCCUGCUGCAAUUCCCGUGUCUUUCGUUCACCGCCUGGAAUGGCAAACCAGAGCAUAUUUUGGACUCACUAGAGUCUGAGGUUGGGGUCCAAUCCCUGCCUGCAUCAGUGCGAUGUGCUCAGCCCCAGAGACCCUGCAGCUACAGGAUGAGGACUGAGCUGAGCAGAGCACACCAAACGAAGCUGCGAUCCUACAAAGGGAGGAGUGUAAUGGUGUGGGCCAUGGGUAGAGGUUGCAGCAGUGGGUUGUGAGAUUCUGUAAUGCACAAGGGCACGGAGGCAUUAUUUCCCUUUUAUUACAGGUUACCACAAACCACCGCUAGCAAAUAAAUAUAAUAAAUAUAAUUUUUAAAAGGCGGAUGUAUCUGGAUAGCAACUUCUUAUAGCUAUCACCAGGAAGUGUGUGUGUGCGUAUAUGUGUAGAUAGCUCACCUUUGCAGCUACACCCAUCAAGGGGCCUCAAGAAUAUUUCUUUGGGAAAGUGCCCUACUGGCUGGAGUCCUGUUGUCCAUUUCACCCCAAAAAUGUGAUUUAACUGCGUGUGUUCCCCUGGUUGCCUGGCUUUCCUUGCUGGCUGGGGCACUGGGGAAAGAGGUGACAACGGACAAAAGCACUUUUCGUUAAGAGAAGAUGAGCCUGGUGCCAGGCAGCCGUCCCCACCCCCAGCCCACUCAGUGGCAUGCGAAGCACUCGCCCGCCUCGCAAUGCGCCGGCCUCCAGCCCCCAGAGUCCGGCUCCUCAGAGAGGGGGAUCUGGAGGAGCUCUGGCUGGCUGGGGCUGGGGGCUCAGCCGUGGGGUGAGAGGAGGAGAAACAGCGUGGGGAGAAGCACCAUGGAGCCUGCGUCCCACCAGGAUGAUGCAAAGAAGAGGCAACAGAAGGAGAAGUCCAAGAAACCGGUGCCACCAGUAGCCCCUCGGCCAGCCAGGGCUCUGUUCUGCUUAACCCUACAGAACCCACUGCGGAAGGCAUGCAUCAGCAUCGUGGAGUGGAAACCUUUCGAGAUCAUCAUCCUCCUGACCAUCUUCGCCAACUGCGUUGCCCUGGCCAUCUACCUGCCCAUGCCGGAGGAUGACACCAACGUGGCCAACUCCAGCCUGGAGAAGUUCGAAUAUGCCUUCCUGAUCUUCUUUGCCAUCGAGGCCAUGCUCAAGAUAAUAGCUUACGGGUUUCUGUUCCAUACGGACGCCUAUCUCCGAAAUGGCUGGAAUGUGCUCGACUUCUCCAUCGUGUCCCUGGGGCUUGUCACCAUGACCCUGGAGCAGAUCAAUGCAAAGGAGGGAGGGUCUCUGGGAGGGAAAGGUGGCUUUGAUGUGAAGGCCCUGCGAGCAUUUCGUGUGCUGAGACCUCUGCGCCUGGUGUCUGGAGUGCCAAGUCUGCAGGUUGUCCUGAACUCCAUUAUCAAAGCCAUGGUGCCUCUGCUGCACAUCGCGCUGCUCGUCCUCUUCAUGAUCAUCAUCUAUGCCAUUGUGGGGCAAGAGCUCUUCAAGGGCAAGAUGCACAAGACCUGCUACUAUCUCGGGACAGAUGUGAUUGCCACAGUAGGGUCAGAGAAGCCAGCCCCCUGCACAAUCUCUGGCCAUGGGCGUCACUGCUCCAUCAAUGGCACCGAGUGCCGAGGUGGCUGGCCGGGACCCAACAACGGCAUCACUCACUUCGAUAACUUUGGCUUUGCCAUGCUGACUGUCUACCAGUGCAUCACCAUGGAGGGCUGGACCGAAGUGCUCUACUGGGUUAACGAUGCCAUUGGGAAUGAAUGGCCCUGGAUCUACUUUGUCAGCCUUAUUUUGCUUGGUUCCUUCUUUGUUCUCAACCUGGUGCUGGGGGUGCUCAGUGGGGAGUUCACCAAAGAGCGUGAGAAGGCCAAGUCACGAGGCACAUUUCAGAAGCUGCGGGAGAAGCAGCAGCUGGAGGAGGAUCUGAAGGGCUACAUGGACUGGAUCACCCAUGCAGAGGUGAUGGACAGUCACCGGACCAGAGGAGAAGGUAUGAUGCCGCUGGAUGAAGGAGGGUCGGAGACAGAGAGCUUGUAUGAAAUCGAGGGCAUGAACAAAUGGAUUCUCUACUUCCGGCAGUGGAGGCGUUGGAACCGAAUGUUUCGUAGGAAGUGCAGGCAUGUGGUGAAAUCCAAGUUCUUCUACUGGCUGGUCAUCCUGCUGGUGGCACUGAACACCCUCUCCAUUGCCUCUGAGCACCAUUUCCAGCCCGAAUGGCUGACGAUUGUACAAGACAACGCCAACCGGGUGCUGCUUGCACUCUUUGUGGCCGAAAUGCUGCUGAAGAUGUAUGCGCUGGGCCUGCGCCAGUACUUCAUGUCCCUCUUCAACCGCUUCGACUGCUUUGUUGUGUGUGCGGGGGUCCUGGAGAUCAUCCUGGUGGAGCUCAGCACUUUGUCACCCCUGGGCAUCUCUGUGCUGCGCUGCAUCCGGCUGCUCCGCAUCUUCAAGAUCACCAGGUACUGGACGUCACUGAGUAACCUGGUGGCCUCUCUGCUCAACUCGGUGCGCUCCAUUGCCUCUCUGCUCCUCCUUCUCUUCUUGUUCAUCAUUGUCUUUGCCCUGCUGGGCAUGCAGCUCUUUGGGGGCAUGUAUGACUUUGAGGACAUGGAAGUCCGACGCAGCACAUUCGACAACUUCCCCCAGGCCCUCAUCAGUGUCUUCCAGAUCCUGACUGGAGAGGACUGGAAUUCAAUAAUGUACAACGGGAUAAUGGCUUAUGGGGGCCCAUCCUUCCCCGGCAUGCUGGUCUGCAUCUACUUCAUCAUCCUCUUUGUCUGUGGGAACUAUAUCCUCCUCAAUGUCUUCCUGGCCAUUGCAGUUGAUAAUCUGGCUGAGGCUGAGAGCCUGACCUCAGCUCAGAAGGCCAAAGCUGAGGAACGCAAGCGGCGGAAGAUGUCCAGAGGUUACCCAGAAAAGUCUGAAGAUGAAAAACAGAUGUUGGCAAAGAAGCUUGAGCAGAAGGCGAAGGGAGAAGGGAUUCCCACAACAGCCAAGUUGAAAGUGGAUGAAUUUGAAUCCAAUGUCAAUGAAAUCAAAGAUCCCUACCCCUCCGCAGACUUCCCAGGUGAUGAUGAGGAGGAUGAGCCUGAAAUCCCCCUGAGUCCUCGGCCGCGUCCUCUGGCAGAGCUCCAGCUGAAAGAGAAGGCUGUGCCUAUGCCUGAAGCCAGCUCCUUCUUCAUCUUCAGCCCAACAAAUAAGUUUCGGAUGCUGUGCCAUAGAAUCGUCAACGCCACUUGGUUCACCAACUUCAUCCUGCUCUUCAUCUUGCUCAGCAGCAUCUCCCUGGCAGCUGAGGAUCCCAUCCGAGCCGAGUCGUUCCGCAACCAGAUUCUUGGAUACUUUGACAUCGGUUUCACUUCUGUCUUCACUGUUGAAAUUGUCUUGAAGAUGACAGCAUACGGUGCUUUCCUGCACAAAGGCUCCUUCUGCAGGAACUCAUUCAACAUCCUCGACUUGCUGGUGGUUGCUGUGUCCCUUGUCUCCAUGGGAUUUGAGUCCAGCACCAUCUCAGUGGUGAAGAUCCUCCGGGUGCUGAGGGUGCUGAGGCCUCUGCGAGCCAUUAACAGAGCGAAGGGUCUGAAGCACGUGGUCCAGUGCGUGUUCGUGGCCAUCAAAACCAUUGGUAACAUUGUGGUCGUCACGACGUUGCUGCAGUUCAUGUUUGCCUGCAUCGGGGUGCAGCUCUUCAAGGGCAAGUUUUACAGCUGCACAGAUCCCUCCAAGCUAACAGAGAAGGAGUGCAGGGGGCAUUUCAUCAACUACGUGGAUGGGGACCCAACACAGAUCGAGCUGAAGGAGCGGGUCUGGUUCCACAAUGCCUUUCACUUCAACAAUGUCUUCUCAGCCAUGAUGUCGCUUUUCACUGUCUCCACCUUCGAGGGCUGGCCAGAGCUGCUGUACAGGGCCAUUGACACUAAUGAUGAGAACAAAGGCCCUAUAUACAACUACCGGGUGGAGAUCGCAAUGUUCUUCAUCAUCUACAUCAUCCUCAUUGCCUUCUUCAUGAUGAACAUCUUUGUGGGCUUUGUCAUUGUCACCUUCCAGGAGCAGGGGGAGAGCGAGUACAAGAACUGCGAGCUGGACAAGAACCAGCGCCAGUGUGUGCAGUACGCUCUGAAGGCUCGCCCGCUGCGGCGGUACAUCCCCAAGAACCCCUACCAAUACCAGAUCUGGUACGUGGUCACCUCCUCCUACUUUGAGUACCUCAUGUUCUUCCUGAUCAUGCUGAACACCAUCUGCCUGGGCAUGCAGCAUUACAACCAGUCUGCAGAAAUGAACCACGUCUCAGACAUCCUCAAUGUGGCCUUUACUGUCCUCUUCACCCUGGAGAUGAUGCUCAAGCUCAUGGCCUUUAAAGCCAAGGGCUACUUUGGGGACCCCUGGAAUGUCUUCGACUUCCUCAUAGUGAUUGGCAGCAUCAUCGAUGUUAUCCUCAGCGAGAUUGAUACUGUUCUUGCAUCCAGUGGUGGAUUGUACUGCCUUGGCGGAGGCUGUGAUAACAUUGACCCAGAUGACAACUCCCGUGUCUCCAUCACUUUCUUCCGGCUGUUCCGGGUGAUGCGGCUGGUGAAGCUGCUGAGCCGGGGAGAAGGUGUCAGGACCCUGCUGUGGACCUUCAUCAAAUCCUUCCAGGCUCUGCCCUAUGUUGCCCUGCUGAUCGUGAUGCUGUUCUUCAUCUAUGCUGUGAUUGGGAUGCAGAUGUUUGGGAAGAUUGCCAUGGUGGAUGGAACCCAGAUCAACCGAAACAACAACUUCCAAACCUUCCCACAAGCUGUGCUGCUGCUCUUCAGGUGUGCCACGGGGGAGGCCUGGCAGGAGAUCCUGCUGGACUGCAGCUACGGGAAGCGGUGCGACCCUGAGUCCGACUACGCGGAGGGCGAGGAGUACACCUGUGGCACGGGCUUUGCCUACUUCUAUUUCAUCAGCUUCUACAUGCUCUGUGCCUUCCUGAUCAUUAAUCUCUUUGUGGCCGUCAUCAUGGACAACUUUGACUACCUCACACGUGACUGGUCCAUCCUGGGCCCACACCACCUGGACGAGUUCAAACGGAUCUGGGCUGAGUACGACCCCGAAGCCAAGGGCAGGAUCAAGCACUUGGACGUGGUGACCCUGCUGAGACGUAUCCAACCUCCCCUGGGCUUUGGGAAGUUUUGCCCUCACCGUGUAGCUUGUAAGCGCCUGGUGUGCAUGAACAUGCCCCUGAACAGCGAUGGCACUGUCACCUUCAAUGCAACACUCUUUGCGCUGGUGAGGACAGCCCUCAAGAUCAAGACAGAAGGUAAUUUUGAACAGGCCAAUGAGGAGCUCAGAACCAUUAUCAAAAAAAUCUGGAAGCGAACCAGUAUGAAGCUUUUGGACCAGGUCAUCCCACCUAUUGGAGAUGAUGAGGUGACAGUGGGCAAAUUCUAUGCUACUUUCCUCAUCCAAGAGCAUUUCAGGAAGUUCAUGAAGCGCCAGGAGGAGUACUAUGGAUACCGUCCCAAGAAGAACCCUGUAGAGAUCCAGGCUGGGCUGAGGAGCAUUGAAGAAGAAGCCGCUCCUGAAAUUCAUCGAGCCAUCUCUGGGGACCUGACUGCUGAGGAAGAGCUGGAGAGGGCAAUGGUGGAAGCUGCCAUGGAGGAGGGGAUCUACAGGAGGACGGGCGGUUUGUUUGGCCAGGUGGACAGCUUCCUGGAGCCAAGCAGCCCCCUGCAGCCCCACAUGGCCAGCCAGAGGCCCCUGCAGUUUACAGAGGUGGGCAGCGAAGACCUCGACUCCCCCGUCUUCCUCGACGACUUCCCCCAGGAAGGCAACACCAACGUCAACAACGCCAACUGGCUGCAGGGGUUGGAGUACGAGGAUGAGGUGCUGAGGAGAGCAGUGCUGGCAGCACCCAGGCCUCCAGCGCGGGAGACUGACCUCCCCAUCCCUUUGGAAAGGCUGCGGCAGAGACGAGGAGCUGCCUCUGAGCAUCACCCAGCAUCGGGGCAGUGCCUCCAUCCCCAGCAGGGCAACACAGUGACAGCAGCAGCAUCCAGCUCAGAACACCGGUGGCAUGAAAGCACUGACACAAACACGUCUUCCACCCCUGCCAUCACCUUCCUCAUUCAAGAGGCUCUGAUCUCCGGGGGCCUCGCAGCUCUGGCCCGUGACCCAUCCUUCGUUGCAGUGACCAGGGAUGAGAUGGCAGCCAGCAGUCAGCUGGAGGUGGAUGAAGUGGAGAAAGCAGCAGUGGAGCUGCUAAAGGGAAGAGAAGCACUGUGGGACACAGAAAGCAGCUCUGCCCCCCGGGACACCUUGGCUGCAUCAGAAGUCAGCGCCCCAGGGCUCAGUGUGGCCACAUCCCAUCAGACCAGCUCUGCUGCUCGCCUGUGAGCUGCCUGCCAUGCAGCCCCGUGGGUACAACCCCAUCAGGGGGGAUAACAGAGCAGUGCUGCACCUCUCCCCAUCUUUGCCUGUGGGGCUGCUGGGCUCUGUCUGGCCACAGGAGGCUUUUUGGACUGAGGCUGCAGGAUGCUGGUGACAGGACAGGGUGAUGCUGUGCCAGAAUGGUCUUUGCAGGAGCUGCACAGAUCAUUAAAGUGUCCCUGCUGUGUGACUCCGUGGGUUCCCCUGUCCCCUCCUUCCUCUGCUCUCCUGGCUGCAGGCUGCUGCCUUUCUGAGCUGGCAGAGACUCAGACCAGCUGAGGGAGGGAGCUUUAAGAAGAGCUGGCAGUGAUUAAAAAUGUGGUUA